AUGUAUCUAUUUUUUCUUUGGUCAACGAUAGAUGCUCGUUGGGCAUCUCCGUUCGAUGUACGUAUAGAUCAUCAUAAAGUGGAUAUCACUGAUGAUUUAGUUAUAAAUACAGCACGACCUCGAUUUUCUUGGAAAAUCUCUGGUUUGAACAACUUAUUAUAUCGAAAUGUUCAACAAGUAGCUUAUCAAUUACAACUUCAAUCAAUACCAAUAACUGAGCGAGAUAAUCGAUUUGAGUGGGACAGUGAACGUGUGAAUUCAUCACAAUCGACCCAUGUAUCAUAUACAGGCCAAAGUGAUCUUUUAUCAUCAAAAUAUUAUCGUUUUCGUGUACGAGUUUGGAUAACCAAAUUAGAGGAAUCCAGCGAAUGGACUAAUUGGAUUCGAUUUCGAACACCUAUAUUCAAUUUACAUGAAUAUAUCAUUCGAAAUGAUAAUCUUCUUUGGAUUGGCUCGACAAAGAUUAAUAUGAAUGAAUUGAGAAAAGAAUUCUUGGUUCCAAGUGAUAGUCCCUUGAAAUCAGCAAUCGCCUAUAUUUCUGGUCUUGGCUAUUAUGAAUUUUAUCUUAAUGGUUUUAAAGUAGAUUCAAGUCGAAAAUUGGAUCCAGGUUGGACAACGUAUGAAAAGCGUACUCUACUAGUUUCAUUCGAUGUAUCAACGAAUGUCACGACUGGCAUGAAUGCCGUCGGAGUAAAAUUAGGCAACGGUUGGUACAGUCAAGAACAGCAUGGUGAAUUUGGCUAUGGUCCACCACGUCUUAUUUUCAUAUUAUUUAUUCUAUUUGAAAAUGGUGAUGAAAUGCAAAUUUUUAGCGAUCAAACAUGGACUGGUCGAGAAGGUUCUAUCAAACAUGAUAGUGUGUACAAUGGAGAGAUGUGUGAUAGUCGAAAUGAUCGUUCUAAUUGGUCUCGAGCAGGAUUUAAUGAUUCAUUGUCAGCUUGGAUCAUGCCUGAAUCAAUGCCAUCACCAAUUAAUAUUUCACGGAAUGGUUUGAUUGUUCUUCAGGACAUGCCACCAAUUCGAGCGGGAUCUGACGCAUUACAUCUUGAAGUUGAAAUAGACAGUCAACAUCAAAGUUAUUUGAAUUCUGAAGAUAUUGGUAAAAUCAAAGGUGCAUCAUUAACUGAUGGUGGAAUACUAAAACCUGUGGCCAUGUGGCAAUCCGAUUCAGGUAUUCGAACAUUUGAUUUGGGUCAAAAUAUGGUAGGAUGGUGUCGUAUACGAUUUCAUGGCCCAUCUGGUUUUGGUGUUUACAUCCGUCAUGGUGAAAUACUCACUCAACCAGUUGUAUCGACCAAUCAUUCUGCUCGUAACAUCUAUACGGAAAAUCUUCGUGAUGCCACAGCAUCUGAUACAUAUGUGUUACGUGGUGAUCUUAUUAAUGAAAUAUAUGAACCAACAUUUACUGUUCAUGGCUUUCGUUAUCUGUCUAUAUUUGGUGCACCGAAUGCGUUGACGCUAGAUGAUGUUGAAUGUCCAUUUGUACAUAGCGAAACAACAGUGAAAGGUCAUUUUUCCACGAGUAAUCCUAUCAUUAAUCAAAUUCAACAUAAUAUCCAAUGGGGUCAAUUGAGUAACAUAAUGUCUUUGCCAACAGAUUGUCCACAACGUAAUGAACGUCGAGGAUGGAUGGGCGAUGCAGCAUUGUCUGUUGAUGAAGCAUUGUAUAAUUUUGAUCUGAUCAAAUUCUAUCAGAACUUUCUGAAUUUAAUUGUUGAUGUUCAACUAGAUGACGGUGAAGUACCUAAUUAUGUACCAGGGAACAGUUAUCCAGCGGAUCCAAACUGGGGUACUGCAUUGCCAACAAUAACUUGGCAAGUCUAUCGACACUAUAAUGACAUGCAUACACUAGAGGCGUAUUAUGAUCAUGUAGUUGCUUAUGUCGAAUAUCUUUGUGGUGUUUACAAUUUAACAGGUCUUGCUAAUUUUACUGUUAUAUAUGGCGAUUGGGUUCCACCACCACCACAACCUAUGACAAAUAAACAUUUAAUUGCAUCGUUUGCUUUUCUUCAUGAUGUUUAUCUUUUGAUCAACAUGUCUCAGGUACUUGGGAAGCAGAGCGAUACAAAUACUUAUUUAGUAUUGUAUCAACAACUUGCUGAGGAAUUUCAUCGUGUAUUUUUUUCGACUUCAAAAAGUUUUUAUGCAGAUGGAAUGCAAGCAGCGCAAGUUCUCGCAUUGGCAUUACCUGAAGUUGUACCAGCCAAUGUUCGAGAAGCAGUCGUCAAUCAACUUGUUAAUGAUAUAAAGCAAAAUAACAUACAUCUUACAACAGGUAUCGUAUCUACAGCUCAACUGUAUCCGGUGCUUUCUGAUAAUGGACAUCACGAUUUGGCACUUGAAUUGAUAUCAUCAACAACAUAUCCUUCAUACGGCUAUAUGUUUACAAAUCCUUAUGAAAAUGCUACUACUAUAUGGGAACUUUGGAAUGCACCACUUGCAGGACCUGGCAUGAAUUCUCGUAAUCAUAUUAUGUAUGGUAGUGUUGGUGCUUGGUUUUAUUCACAUCUAGCAGGGAUUGAUGUUUCAUCCAAUAUGAUCACUAUUCGACCUCGAAUGGCUUCCGAAGCUAAAAAAUAUCUUUUAUCAAAAUUAGAUUGCCAAUUGAGUACAUUAUACGGUCUGAUUCAUAUUUCCUAUACGCGUGAUGAGCAUGAUACGAUUUCUAAUUCAAUUUUGCUUCAUAUUACUGUACCAACAAAUACACAAGCUCGUAUAAUAUUGGAGCCAUUACUAAUCGGUGGACGAUGUAAAACAUUAAUUGAAGGCCAUAAUAUUAUAUGGUCAUCGGACAUCGGCAACCGAUAUGUUGAAGGAUUUGAUAUUGAAAAAGAUUCAAUAACAGGUUUUAUGACAGUGUAUAUUGGUUCAGGUCAAUAUGAGUUUCAAGCGAUAUGGCAAUAG